AUGUGGCGGCGGCGGCAGCAGGGAAGUGCCAUCUACGUCGUUUUGAGGAUGGCGGUGGCCCUGCUGGCCAUCGGAGUGCUGCUGGUGCUAUUGGCUGGACGCCCUACUGAUAACAGAAUGACCAACGGUGGUGGUGCUCCCUCGGUGCUGCUGUGGACAAUGAUGCGGUCAGGUUCAAGAAUGACGCAGUACCUGCUCACUGCCCAGCCCUGCUCUUUCCCCGCGGAAGAGCCGCUGCGACGCUACCUCAGGAAAAAGGAUUUGAAUGCUUCCGUCAGCGUGUUACAGGAUCUUCUUGACUGCCGAUUUUCUGACCGCUCAGAUAACCUGACGGGGUGGGUCAAUGAAUCAUACAUGAGUGACCCCGCUGUUUGGAGGCUGUGCCAUGCCUUCCCCAGGGUGUGCUGGGACGGGAGGCUCGUCGAUGCCUUGUGCAAGGCGUCCUGUCUCAGGCUAGUGCGGGUGGUGAACGAGGGACUUGCCCUGGCCUUGAGUGUCCUGCAAGACAGCUCCUCCAACACACACAUCGUUCACUUGGUGCGAGACCCGCGGGGCAUGCUCUCCUCCAGGCGAGAACUUCAGUACGGAAAAUUUGUGAUGUUCUAUCAACAAAAAAAGACAGAUUUCUUUCGUAAUAGCGAGAUAGACGUGAACGUUCUAUGCCAACGCUACCAUCAUGACCUGGCCGUGGCAACGCACCUGAACCGUCACUACCCUGACAGGAGAUUCCCUCGAGUGGCCUGCGUCGGGCUGAACAGAAGGCGGAACAGGGUCCACCGCACAGCCAGACUGGUGGUCUUAGUGUUGAUCACCACACUGCUGCCGGCGAUGGUGGCAGUGUCUAAUCAUCCUUCGGCUGACGGAGACACCAUGGGCGACAGUGUGGGCGCCCCAGCGGUGAGUGCUAUGGACGAUGAUGCGUUCAGGUUCGCAGAUGUCACAGAGCUUGCUCACAGAACAGCCUUGUUCCUUCCUAUCGGAAGAGACGCUGUGCCAUCUAGAAAAGCAGGAUCUCAACGCUUCCGUCAGCCUGCUGCAAGACCUGUUUGCUUGCCGGGUGUCGGCACACCCAGACUACCUGAAGGAAUGGAUGAACGGAUCACACGUGAACGACGCACGUAUCAAGAAUCUGUGCCAGGCCUUCCCCAGGCAUAUGCUGGGACGGGAGGCUUGUCGAUGCCUUGUUCAGGGUGUCCAGCCUCAGGCUGGAGCGGGUGGUACACGCUGGUGCGGUACGAGGACAUCGCGCGCCAGCCCCACAGGGAGACACGCCGCCUCUACUCCUUCAUGGGCCUGGAGUACACGCCCCUCGUGGCCUCGGUGGUCAGCAAACAGACCCUGGGCUUCUACCACACGGAAGGGAAAGACCAUCCCUUCGCCACCUCCAAAAACUCCAGCAGCAGCGUGUUCGCGUGGCGGAGCCGCCUCUCCUACAGCGAGGUGGAGAGAGUCCAGCAGGAGUGUGGGGACGUGCUGCGUGCCUACGGCUACAGACACUUCUCGCGCCGCCAGUACGAGAAGGAAGCAGCUUCGCCUCUGCUGCCUCUCCCGGCGGGCUGGGCCACGCCCCUCCCUGCCAACAGAGGAGACAACUGACAAGCAGAGAGAGAGAGAGAGAGAGAGAGAGAGAGAGAGAGAGAGAGAGAGAGAAUGGUAAUCAAAGACGAGAUUCCGUUUAUGAUAUAGGAACAAAAAGGAUGGAGGCUAUGGCAGGAAGCAAAGGAGCACGCUCGCAGGUAUAGACUCACCACUAAGUCACCACCACCACCACCACCACCACCACCUCCAUCACCACCCACGUGCACAGUUAGUUAGUUAGUUUAAUGUCCGAAAUAUGCAAGUUUAAAGUAAAGUGAAAGUUACAAAAUUCCCAUUGGUCCAAACAGAGAAGUAUAUUUCCCUAACAUAAAUCAAAAUACCGUCAUCUAACUAUUCCUUUAAGAGUAUACGCGAUUCAAAGGAACUAACAUUAGCCAACCAAACAUAACUGAAUGCCGGGCACAGUGAUUUGUGACUCUCUCUCUCUCUCUCUCUCUCUCUCUCUCUCUCUCUCUCUCUCUCUCGUUUUAAGCACUAAUGUAGCAAUUUUUCAAGACUAUCAUUAGAAUCGCACCAACAUAACUUUGAAAGACCUUGGUUCUCAUGAGCGCUAUUUCCAACAAUUCCUACGAACAUUAGUUACGUUCUAACGAGUGCCUUAGCCAAUAAUGAAUGGAAAACCUUUUUAAAACUACAAUUAGAGUCCCAACCUUGGAAAGCCUGCAAACUUCCAAUAGAGCCUGAUAAAUAUAAACGUUUCAAAAGGUAGUCUUAGGGCGUCAUUCUUCUAUAGUUGCCAUUACUUAUAUAACGCUCUUAGAUAGGUCAGUAAUUAUGACUGUUCUAGUAUCCUAUCAUACCAACGCUUAAUAGGUUCUCAUGGACGUUAUAGUUGUUUACAAAUGUUUUUUCAUGAUACUGGCAAUAUCUUAACAAAGGUGUAUAGUCGAAGAGGAAAAAACACGAAAGAAAACCUGACUAAUUAUCUUUUCAAGAUUUUGUAACUCCUCCUUGUGAGAGAAAGAAGGGUAGGAGUCAAGCGGUCGCUGCCACCUGCCUGCUUGGGAAUUACUCCACGCUCCGGCAACCCUCACGCCUCUCCACCCCAUCAUCCCAAGCAGGGCUCACCAGUGUUUUAGCUCAGUAUGUCCGGUGGCAUGACAGACGGAUGGAAACAAAGGAAAACGGAAAGACAGACAAGCUCUCUCUCUCUCUCUCUCUCUCUCUCUCUCUCUCUCUCUCUCUCUCUCUCUAAUCUUAAAGGACCACCUUGCCUUUACAAAUUGUAUAAAAGAAACUAAUGUGUAAUAGCAUGAAGGCGAAUAAUAAUUACUCAUGGAAUCAAUCUCUGUCUCUCUC